AUGCUCAUUCCUGAGCAGACUCGUUCGACAAAGGCGCCUCUUCAGAGGCAACCACAACAACAUCCACCGCCAGUUGAGCAAGGACAGCAACCGCUGAACAAGGAGGUCGUGGAGAAAAAAGUGGACGCUUCUACCAACGCUGCGUUGACUGUCCAUAAUUGGAUGGCGGAUACACCAAUGGAUCUGGAACUGGACAAUGUUGUCGAUCAGGAACAACAACAGCAACCUACCAAGCCAUCUGGGGAGAUGUUGUCGACCAUCAAGAAGGACACGACGGAGAAAAUUGUUGGCACGAUUGUUACUAAGGACGACAACCCAUUACAGGAUCCGCAGGAUACCUCUAUGGUUGCCUCGCAACCCGAUGCGGUGGUGGCUCUCGGGCCUCAGCUUCAUUAUCAUCACCCACAGCUCCAGCAACCAAAGGAGCCGAAUCCAGUCGCGACGACUACGACGGCAACAGCAGAAGUCAACGUCCCCUCGCUGCUCCAAGAUUUCAAAUCCUGGAUUGAGGCCGAAACGAAAAAGCACCAAGACCAAUCCGCCCUACUCCAAAGCCUCUUCGCCAAGAACACUCUCCUCGAAUCUAAACUGGAGGCCCAUACGACCCGUUGGGACGACGAGGUCAAAAAGCAAGAAGCCUACCGUUCAAUAUCCACAAUGACCCACUCUUGUGAAUUCGACCUCGCCUCCCUCAAGGAACGUACACUCGCCCAGGAUCUGAAGAUCAGUCAAUUGGAGGGCCAUCUCGAAUCACGGAUCCGACACUCGUUGGAGAAUGAUUUGGCGGUGGUCAGGAAUGAGCUGCAGGAGGAGAGGGUUGAUAAUCUAACAAAGGAUUUGGAGCUCAAGCGGGCCGAAGCCAUGGAAGUGAUGGCGAAGGCUAGGGCGGAGAUGCGGGAUGCAAGACAGAUGGUUUCGGAGGCGAGGGAGGAGAGGGCCAAUGCGAUGGAGAGGGCUGCGAGGGCCGAGGCGGAUAAUCAGAUGCUGUUGAGGGUUAUUAAUGAGCUGCAGGGGACUGGGUGGAGGGUUUCUGGACAGGCGCAGGCGCAAGGUCUUCAAGGUCAGGAUGCAGGCAUUCAUCAUACGGGACUAUUAUCGUCGUCGGUACACCCAAGGUCUCCGAUCGAUCAUCCUCACUACCCAUUAACUACCACUGCUGCUGGUUCGUCGACGUUUAUGAGGUUCGGAACUUCAAUGCGACAGACGUACUCGUCCUCCUCAACCGAGUCGCUCGCAUCAGCAAAAGCAGUGGGAGCAGAAGGAGCGGCAAGAGCAGCAGUAACGGAUUCUUCAAUCCACCGGAUGGAUGUCAUCUCAGUCAAGUUGGAAAACGAUUAUAUCGCCCGCCUGAAUGCUGUGAUUCCCAACCCCGACCUCGACCCUGACAUGACCGAGGACGACGAAGGCAGAACCGAUACCGACCAUGACGCCACUGACGAAGAGUAA